UGUUCGUAGUGUUAUGCACAAACACCUUGAGAAAAUGGGGGAAGUGACAUUUGAUAAGAUAUUCAACCAAAGGCUAGGUUACCUACUUUUUAAAGAAUAUUGUGAAACUCUCUACGAUGAGCCUAUUCCCCAUGUACAGUUUUACGAAGAGAUUAAGAAAUAUGAAAAAUUAGAAACGGUCGAAGAGAGGAGACAAACUGCUAGAGAGAUCUACGACAAUUUCAUCAUGAAGGAACUACUUUCUCAUACUCAUAAUUAUUCCAAAGAUGUUGUUGACCAUGUGCAGAAGUACUUAAUGAGGAAGGAGGUGCCAGUUAACCUGUUUCAGCCAUAUAUAGCAGAGGUUUUUAAUCACCUUCGAGGAGAUCUCUUUCGAAUGUUUAUCGAAAGUGACAAAUACACUAGGUUUUGUCAGUGGAAGAAUUUAGAACUGAAUAUUCAGUUAACAAUGAAUGACUUCAGUGUCCACAGAAUCAUUGGGCGCGGAGGAUUUGGGGAAGUGUAUGGAUGUAGAAAAGCAGACACUGGAAAAAUGUAUGCGAUGAAGUGUUUAGACAAGAAGAGAAUAAAGAUGAAGCAAGGAGAGACAUUAGCUUUGAAUGAAAGAAUCAUGUUAAGUCUAGUCAGUACAGGGGAGGACUGUCCCUUUAUAGUGUGCAUGACUUAUGCUUUUCAAACUCCAGAUAAACUUUGUUUUAUAUUAGAUCUCAUGAAUGGUGGUGAUUUGCAUUAUCAUCUGUCACAACAUGGUGUCUUUUCAGAAGAAGAGAUGAGGUUUUAUGCGAGUGAAGUCACGUUAGGCCUUGAACACAUGCAUAAAAGAUAUGUUGUCUACAGAGAUCUGAAGCCUGCGAAUAUUCUUCUUGAUGAACACGGACACUGCAGAAUAUCAGAUCUUGGAUUGGCCUGUGAUUUUUCCAAAAAGAAACCACAUGCAAGUGUGGGCACACACGGGUACAUGGCUCCCGAGGUUCUGUCAAAAGGUACAGCAUAUGACUAUAGUGCAGACUGGUUUUCUUUAGGCUGUAUGCUUUACAAGCUGCUCAAAGG